AUGGAACUCUCUUUGAAAAAGCUCUCUCAAGGACAUCUGAAACCAAACAACGUAACCUUUCAAUAUGGCACUGCUGGUUUUAGAAUGAAAGCAAGUUUGUUGGACUAUGUGGUUUUCACCACUGGUAUUUUAGCUGCUUUGCGUUCCAAGUAUCUUCAAGGAAAGACAAUUGGUAUAAUGAUCACUGCCUCCCAUAAUCCUCCGGAAGACAACGGUGUGAAGUUGGUUGAUCCUAUGGGUGAAAUGCUUGCUCAAACUUGGGAAGCUCACGCCACCACCUUGGCAAAUACUUCUUCAAUUGAAGCAUUGAUUGACGAAAUAAUCAAGAUAGUUGAUCUUUUCGAAAUUGACUUGAAAACACAAAGCUCAGUUUUUAUUGCCAGGGACUCCAGGGAAAGUGGUCCUGCAUUGUUGAAAUCAACAAUUGAUGGCCUUAAUGUUUUUGAUUCAGCAAUUCGUGAUUUUGGAUUGCUCACCACUCCUCAAUUACACUAUCUAGUAAGAGCUGGCAAUUCAAAUGGUUCGUUUGGCCAUCCAUCCUCAGAAGGCUACUAUGCAAAGUUAUCCAUUGCAUUCAAACAAAUUUAUAAGAUUAAUGGGUUGAACAACAAAAUUAGCAUUAUUGUUGAUGCAGCCAAUGGUAUUGGUGCUCCUAAAGUUCAGGAAUUGAUUCAUGAUAAUAUUUUAGAGUAUUUUGAUCAUUUUCUGGUUGUCAACAACAACAUAGAGAACCCUCGUUUACUUAAUUAUAACUGUGGUGCAGAUUUCGUAAAAACAAAUCAAAAGUUGCCCGAAAAUAUUCCAAACCCUGAACCCUUCAAUCUUUAUUGUUCUUUUGAUGGGGAUGCUGAUAGGAUUGUGUUUUAUUAUAUCACCGAAGAAAAGCAUUUCCAGUUGUUGGACGGUGAUAAAAUUUCCACUUUAUUAGCCUCUUACUUUAUAAAGUUAAUCAAAUUAACAGGUUUAGAUUUAUCAGUUGGUGUUGUUCAAACUGCCUAUGCCAAUGGAGCUUCCACCAAGUAUCUUUCUGAGGUUUUAAAAGUUCCAGUUGAAUGCACUCCCACUGGAGUCAAGCAUUUGCAUCAUGUUGCUCAGAACUUUGAUAUUGGAAUCUAUUUUGAGGCCAAUGGUCAUGGCACUGUUCUUUUUUCGGACAAUUUAUUAAACAAAGUCUCUCCAACCUCUUCAAAUUUAUCAAUCAAAACUCUAUACUAUUUAACAGAAUUGAUUAAUCAAACUGUAGGCGAUGCAAUCAGCGAUUGCCUAACUAUCCUAUUAAUCUUGAAGCUAUUGGACAAUGGACCAAAUGAAUGGAACUCAAACUACCAAGAUUUGCCAAAUAAAUUAUUAAAAGUUAUUGUCAAUGACAGAAAUUUGUUCAAAACAACCAAUGCUGAAAGAACUUUAGUGCAACCCAAAGGCUUGCAAAUGAAAAUUGAUGAAAAAGUUAAUCAGUAUCCAAAUGGAAGAAGUUUUGUCAGAGCUAGUGGAACUGAAGAUGCUGUCAGAGUUUACGCUGAGGCUGCCACAAAGGACGAUUCAAUUGCCUUGGCUGACCAAGUUGCAGAAUUAGUAAAAGAGUUUUCUUAG